AUGCGUCAAUAUUUUGUUUUGGUGGCUCUUCUUGCUUUUCUAUCACCAGCAUCAGCUGGGUACCUUGAAGUCGUCAGCGAUGAGUCAUGGACUGUUGAAGGUCGUAACUAUAUUGGCAACGCCGUUGGAACUUGGGUACAUUCGCUCUGGGCUUCAGUACCAGGCGCCAAAUGGAUUUGGAAAAGCUAUUUGAUAGAAAAUCCAACUGCAGAAGGCUUCAUGCUAUUCGCCCUGCACUUUUUGACAGCCACACAAUACUCUUCCUUUAAUUUUCUAAAAUUUUUGCUAGUCUGCUAAAAUUUUCUUCUUUAGCAUAUCUUGAUGAUCAAAAAUUUUAGAGUAAUUAAUAAACCUCUGCAGAAGAGUCUUAUGCAUUCCAAAAGGAAUUCAAUGUUGCUGGAUUCCCAACUUCAUCUUUCCUCACUUUUUCAGCUGACAACAGCUAUGCAAUCUUUCUCAAUGGAAACUUUAUUGGGGCUAGCCAAGAUUUAGCAUACGGAGGAAGAAAAACAGUGACCUUUGAUUUACUCAGCAGAACAAUUCAAGGGAGAAACGUGGUUCAAGUUGUAGUCCUUAACUGGGCUCAAGCAGGCUCAGGUGUUUAUGACAACCCUGCUGGGCUUCUCUUUAAACUGGCCAUCACUUAUAAUUAA